AAUUCAACCCAAACUAAAAAAUAAUUGGAUCCAAACCACAACUAAAAAAUGCAUCAAUCAAUUAUAAUGGCCCCUCUCUUCUCUUCUUUCUCUUCCCUCAUUAUCCUUCAUUUAAAAUGGCCCAUUGUCCAUUGCAUUGUGUGGUAGAAAUUCCCUUGAUUCACAUGGGAUAUUAGGCAGAUAACCUAAUAUCAACUAGGAAAUUUAAUGCAUCGGCUUGAAUUUGAGAUGGACCAGAGAUCACUUCGUUUUAUUUGCAUCGAAAGCUAGGUCGUUGUCUUUAUAUCCAGAUUGAAGAAGGGCCAUUUAGUUUUCAUUUUAUUGUAAAUAUACAGCCAAGGAUAGUGUCAGAAUCUCUCUACCACUUACAACUCGCUCGUAGCCAUGGACUAUCUUCUUUCAUUUCCCACAGAUGCUCUGGCUGCUGUAUUUGCCCUUCUGCUUUUGCUUUACUACCUAUCAAGAAACAGAAGGAAGAAGAGAGCUGCACCUGAAGCUGAAGGUGCUUGGCCUUUGAUUGGCCACCUGCAUCUACUGGGGGGACCGCAACCACCCUACAUGGUAUUGAGUAACGUGGCUGACAAAAUCGGACCAAUCUUCACCAUCAGGAUGGGUAUGCAUAUAACUUUGAUUGUAAGCAAUUGGGAGACGGCCAAAGAGUGCUUAACUACUAAUGAUAAAGUUUUCGCAACUCGUCCAAAAACUCUAGCCACUGAGAUUAUGGGCUACAAUCGUUCCAUGUUUGGUUUCAUCCCUUAUGGUCCAUACUGGCGUCAGGUUCGCAAGAUAGCCACACAUGAGCUUCUCUCAAACCACCGGCUCGAGAUGCUGAAAAAUGUUCGAGAAUCAGAGGUAAGAAAAUUUUUGAAAGAGCUGUACAAGUUAUGGGAUAAAAGCAAAAAUAGUUCAAAUAAGGUGUUGCUAGAGAUGAAGAGAUGGUUCGGAGACAUAAGCUUAAAUGUAAUUUUUAGGAUAAUUGUUGGGAAAUCUGUAGGAUAUAUGAGCACAAACGUUGGAGAAGAUAGUGAAGUAUGGAAACAAGCGUUGAGAGAUUUUUUUGAUUUGUCAGGGAGGUUUGUGCCGGCUGAUGCAGUUCCAUUUUUGAGGUGGUUGGACAUUGGCGGAUUCGAGAAGGCCAUGAUGAAGACUGCAAAAGAACUUGACCAUGUUGUUGAAGUGUGGUUAAAUGAGCAUAAGGAGAAGAGAGCUUCUGGUUUUAAUCAGGAAGAGGAGGACUUUAUGGACCUGAUGCUAAACAUUCUGGAUGAAACAGAAAUUGUUGAGGGUCCAGAUUCUGACACCAUGAACAAAGCCACAUGCCUGGGCCUUUUGUUAGCGGCUUCAGAUACAACGACAGUCACUUUGACGUGGGCUCUUUCUUUACUGGUCAAUAACCCUAAAGCCAGGAAGAAGGCCCAAAGUGAAUUGGACGUCCAUGUUGGAAGAGAAAGGCAAGUACAGGAAUCAGACAUGAAGAAUUUGAUUUAUCUCCAGGCCAUCCUUAAGGAAACAAUGCGAUUAUACCCUGCUGGACCCCUUUCUUUGCCACAUGAGUCUACAGAACAUUGCACAGUAGGUGGCUAUAAUAUUCCGGCAGGCACGAGACUUCUCCUCAAUAUUUGGAAAAUUCAUCAUGAUCCGCAAGUAUGGGAAAACCCUUUCGAAUUUCGACCAGAAAGAUUUCUCACAACCCAUAAGGAUAUUGAUGUUAGGGGCAAAAAUUUUGAAUUUAUACCAUUUGGCAGUGGCAGAAGGAUGUGCCCUGGAAUCUCAUUUGCGCUUCAAGUUAUGCAGCUAACACUAGCUAAGUUGCUGCAUGGUUUUGAUAUUGAAAAUCCAUCAGAUGAGCCAAUUGAUAUGACAGAAAGCAUUGGACUAACCAACCUUAGAGCCACUCCACUCGAAGUCCUCAUGAGUCCUCGCCUUCCGGCUCAUCUCUACUUAUGAUCAUUUGAUGUGUUAAGUAUACUAGUAUAGUACCCGCACAAUGUUGCGGGUGAUUUGUUA